GGUGUGUCCGUGGAAUCUGAGGAGAAAGAUGGCUGCGGGACGAAGGGAGAGGUUGACAAAUCUGAGAUUCGCUGUUUGAGGAUAGACAGGUUACGGCGGAGGACGAAGCGGAAAACAGCACUCGCUUGCGUGUGUGUGGAGGAGUCUAUGUAUCGGUAUGGAGUAUAGUGCCGACAGCAAACUGGAUGACAGGGAGUGCAGACAAGCCUCUCAUGCUCACACACUGAUCACUGGUGUACAGUGACUGUUGCUGCAGACUUCAGCAGGAUUCCAUCCUUUCUAUGAUUUUACCUCUUAUUUCUUCAAGCUGGACUCUUCAUUUCUUGAUUUUUGGACGCCUUUUGUGAGCCGCCUUACCCCCCUUUCCCCUUUUCCCUUUUCUCUCCCUCUCCACACUUCUCUUCCCUCUCUCCCCUUCAUUCUUCCCUGUUGAGCUUUUGAUCAAAUUUGGAUCAGCCUGUGCACUAAGAUGAGUUGGCUGAGUCGUUUAAAUCCAAGAGGUCCAGGCACUUGGACCAGUCGACAUGCAGCCCCAUCCAGCCCAUGCACUGCCGACCCUGAGACUUGUCUUAUGGUGUUUGAGAACCACUGGAGACAGGUGUCAGGGGUGUUGAAACAGAGAGAGUCUUCAGUGGGCUGCUAUGCCGAUGAUCUCACUGCAGUUCGCAAUCACACAGAUCAGAUGCUGUGCCUGCUAGCUGAAGAGAGACCAGCGGGGGGAGACAUUGAAUCACCAGCAAUGGGUCCUAUUCUGGAGAUGGUGGUGGCAGAAAACAUCCUUGAUGAGUUGGUACAAUGGCAUUUGCGCCGUGGUCUGGAUCCAGACAGCCAGCUGGAGCUGUUGAAAUUGUUUGAGAUGCUGAUAGGACAGUCACAUCAGCCCCUGCUCCUGCACAGUCCAGUGCUACAACCGCUCCUAAGCCUGCUGGGAGCAUGUGUGGAUCCCCAGCUGGGCUGCCCUGCUGCCCUAGAGUCCAGCCUCGUACUGCUGCUAAAUCAGGUGUUUGACAGGCAGAUGCUGACACCUGUUUGA